UUUCUCUCUCUAUAUUGCUCUCUUGGCACCGCUUGAUAACGUACUUCAGUUAAACGGGUAUCAAUUUUUCACUUUUGGGGGCUCUCCAAUGGCGGUGGUUGGUGUUGUAGAAGACAAAGGCACUGUUUUGAGGAAAAGGAAACGUAAGAAAAUGUGUGAAAAGAAGAAACUUGAUGUUAAUGAAAAAGUUGAGGUAAGGAGUGUGGAAGAGGGCUUUCAGGGUUCAUGGCAUCAAGGAACUGUUAUUGCAUGGGAUACGCAAGGGUGUCACGUCAAGUAUGAUCAUCUUCUUGUUGAUGAUUGUUCUGAUAAUCUCGUUGACAUUGUGGGUGUUUCACCUGUUAUAGAUGGUAUUGGUUGUCCCUGUGAGAAUCAUUGUAACUAUCGGGGGUCUAUAAGGCAAUUGCCACCUAAACUAGAGUUUAGCAAAUGGAAUCUUUGCUAUGGACUUUGCGUGGAUGUAUGUUAUAACGAGGCUUGGUGGGAAGGUGUGAUUUUUGACCAUGAAGAUGGUUCAGAGAAGAGGAGAGUUUUCUUCCCUGAUUUGGGUGAUGAAAUGAUUGCUGAUAUUGGCAACUUACGGAUUACUCAAGAUUGGGAUGACUUUGAAGAGGACUGGCACCAACGUGGAACCUGGUUGUUUCUUCAGUUGAUUGAACAAUAUGAGCAAGAGUGGUACAUUUCUGUUUCUGUGAAGCAACUAUGGUAUGAUUUACGGGAGAAGAAGGGUUUUCAAAAUGUUAGAGAGUGGACUUUUUCUUGUUUUUCUUUGUGGAAAGAAUUGGUGCUGGAGGUAAUAAAAGAUAACCAUGAAAUCACUGUGAAUCAUUUUAUCAGGGUAUUAGGCCUUCCUGGGUCCUCCCAACCAGAAUCCAAGUCACAACUGGAGCCUUCUAUACCAGAUGCAGAUGUUAAUAUGAGUUCUGAUGCAGAUUUAGCUGACACUGUUGCUCUUGUACCAGUUGAGAAUCCAAUAAACAGUACUUCGUUGAGUCCAAACUCAGCUAGCUUUCAGUCAGUUCCAGAGAAAUCUACUCUGGGUCAGUUGAUGCAUAUCUCAAAGGAUGAUAUCAAUAUUUUGGCCGAAUGCAAUGGGUCCUGUCUUGAUCAAGCGGUCUGUGUUUUACCUGAUGCUUUGUUGGUCUCACCUUCUGUUGCAAAUGGAAUUUCCUGCAUCAGUUCUGUUACUAGCAAUGAAGGAUUUUCCAGAACUGAUACAGAUAAGGCCGAAAGGAGGGCCAGACAUUCAAGACUUGAUGCAACUGCAACAUGGAUGACUGCUGGCCCUGACCUUGUUUCUAAAGCUGAAUCAUGCCCCAAUGCCAUUAACAAAUAUGCUCUUGCUGCUAAGAAAAAUGACAAUGCUCUGAUAACUGAUGUUAGGAAGCAUCUUCUAUAUCAGGGAUGGAAAAUUGAGUCUAAGCGAGACAAACAUAUUGUCCGAUUCCGAUACAUCUCACCUACUGGGGAUUGUUAUUACUCUCUUUACAAGCUCUGUUUAGAUUUGACGAAUCACUCCAGGAAGCUUAUUUGUUCAAACACCAAAGAUGUACAUGUUGAACCAAACGCCAAAGAUCAAUAUGUUGAACCAGAAUAUUGCCCUCAAGCUGUUUUGGACUGGUCUAAGGUUGAAUUGGAUGAGAUUCGUAAGUGCCAUUCUAGGAGAAGUGAUAUGACACUAAAGGCAAAAAAGCAUCUCUCAUGGCUGGGUUGGUCGUUUCACUAUGCAAGCAGCAAUGGAAGGCGCUAUUUGUGCUACACUUCACCAAGAGGAAGGACAUACCACUCACUUCGAGAAGCCUGCAAAAUCUGUAUAAAAGAAGGUGGAGUUUCUGAAGAUAAUGCUUCUCCAUCUAGAUCUAUGGAGAAAAUUAAUGUUGUUGGGGAGGCUGAUGGUCAGCUAGCAAUUGAGAAGCUUUCUUCUGCACUUUCUAAUAUGGAUAUCCAGAGAAGGUCGGUGCCAUCAAAUGCUGAAUCUGAAAAUUGGUGCGGAAAGUCCUAUUCGAAAUUGGAGACAAGAAAUCUUGUUGAGCAAAGUAGAGUAGGUCAAAGAACUCGAAAUCCUAAAAGGAAGAGAAAGUAUAAUUUAUCAUAUAUUGUGUCUGACUUGGUUAAAAGGCAAGCUGACUUACCCAUUACAAACGCUUGCACCGCAAGAUUGAAAAGUGGAAAGUCACCUGCCGCAUUGAUCAAAUUAAGGGAGAAUCUCAAAGGUACUCAACAUAAACAUGUAUUACGAUCAACCAAAAGAGUGCAGCAGGUUGUAACUCCUAGUCCAUUACAUCAGAAUCCACGAACUGUGUUGUCUUGGUUGAUAGAUAACAAUGUUAUUUUGCCAAGGUCGAAAGUACAUUGCUGGAGGAAGGAGAAGGUUGAAAGUGAAGGGAGGAUAACUCGUGAUGGAAUUAAGUGCAAUUGUUGUGACAAGGUAUACACCCUUCGUGGGUUUGUAGCACAUGCUGGCAGCAGUAACCACAGACCAGCUGCCGAGAUCUUCUUGGAAGAGGGCAGGUCUCUGUUAGACUGCCAGCUGCAAAUGAUACAAAAUAAUAAGAUGAAGAAGUUUGAAAAAAAGCGGAGUAGCCGGUUGAGGAGCAAUAGCCGAAAAGACAAGAACGACAACAUUUGUUCUGUUUGUCAUUAUGGGGGUGAAUUAAUUUUAUGCGAUCAAUGCCCAUCCUCAUUCCAUAAAAGUUGCCUUGGUUUAGAGAGUGUUCCAGAUGGUGACUGGUUCUGUCCAUCAUGUUGUUGUGGAAUUUGUGGUCAAAGCAAGCCUAAAGAAGAUGGUGCAAAUAUUGUGGAUGACAGAGUUCUCAUUUGUGCUCAGUGUGAGCAUAAAUAUCAUGUUGGGUGCAUACACUGUAGAGGGGCAGAUAGGUUGAUAAUAUGUUCAAAAGAUAAUUGGUUUUGCAGCAAAAAGUGUGAAGAGAUAUUUUUGGGCCUUCAUGAGCUUUUAGGGAGACCAAUUCCUGUCGGAACAGACAAUCUAACAUGGACACUAAUAAAAUACAUGCAGCUGGAUACCCAUGAUCUUGAUGCUUCGGAUAAUGAAGCCAUGGUUGAGAGUUACAGCAGACUUAGCAUUGCACUUGCUGUCAUGCAUGAGUGUUUUGAGCCUGUCAAAGAACCUCACACUGGCAGAGAUCUUGUUGCAGAUAUUAUAUUCAGUAGAAGCUCAGAACUUAACCGCCUAAACUUCCAAGGCUUCUACACAAUACUUCUGGAAAGACAUGAUGAACUCAUUACCGUUGCUAAUGUUAGGGUCCAUGGAGAAAAGGUGGCCGAAAUACCUUUUAUUGGUACCAGGUUUCAAUACCGGCGACUUGGAAUGUGUCGCAUUUUGAUGACUGAGCUUGAAAAGAAGCUCAUGGAAUUAGGAGUACAGAGGCUGAUAUUACCUGCUGUUCCUAAUGUGCUGCACACUUGGACUGCUUCAUUUGGAUUUUCAAAGAUGAUGCCCUUUGAGAGAUUACAAUUUGUAGAUUAUACAUUUUUAGAUUUCCAGGGUGCCAUCAUGUGCCAGAAGGUUUUGUUCAAGAGACCUCUAGUGGAAUCAAACCUAUCAAUUGGCUCCCAGUUUGAACUUCAUAGUGAUGCAUUUGAAAGCAGUGACAAUGUUGAUGUAGAUGGUUCCAGUUCAGUCUCUGAAGUAUUCCAAGCAGGACAAGUCGAGGAAAAUAGAUUUAUGGAUGAAGGAAUACUGGAGAUUGAUGCAGGUAGGAGUAUUAGUCACAACGAAAACCAUGUUCAUAAUGUGGUUGCGGUAAACCAACCAACUCAAAUUGACCAUGAACAAUGUAACAGCGAAGCCAAUCCAGAGUGCUCAGUUGAGGGUACCAAUUUUAAGGAAAGAAAAUGCAGUGAUAGUGGUUGUACAAGGUGCAAUAAGCGCAGGAGGAUUUCUGUCAGUGCAAAGGUGAGGGUAUCCAAAGUUUCUGCAAUUAGAUGAGUGAACUAUUUUCCAGGCUGCUCUUUGGAAGAGUUGAGCCAGUUGAAACCUAAAUGUCUUUUUGAUUCUGUCAACACAAGACCGGCUGCAGAACAUCCAAAUGUUGCUUCAUGGAUGUGUAAAUUUUCUGUACAGAGUAUAAGUGGGACAAAACAUCUCAAACUCAGAUAAGGUCUAUUUUAUGUCAUUACCUUCUAGGAUAAAUAACAAUGCGGAGCUCUUUUGAGUAUCCUUUUGUCCUUAUUAACCGUAUGGAUGUAUGAUUCAUAAACAUAACCAUAUCCAUUUCCUUCUUUUUAAAGCGAGAAUCUCCUUCUUUCAUGUCUGUUUGAUGGGUAUUUGGACUUUUGGGUGGCAACUAUAUGAAGGAGAGGCCUCAAUUUGUAUUACCUCUUUGAGUAGGUGUUUCUAGUUUCCUUGCAUAUCCACUCUUCAUAGCAAUUGAUCCAACUUUGUGGUCAAAUCAACCAUGGCCAUGUCAAAAAUAAUAUCAAUGGAUUGUGAACAAGUUACAUUUCUUUGAACAUUUCCCAUUUGGAUUUUGUCCAUAAUCAGGUGGUUCUUGAUGGCUAAUGCCUAUUUCAUUUUCUCCUAUGACUUUCUGUCCCUGUCAUGACAGCCC